AUGGCAGAAGGCACUGUUACCUUCUUUGCGGAGAAGUUGAGCAACUUGAUUUUACAGGAAGCUUCUGUAUUUGGGCAAGUAGAAGGCCAGAUAAAGCUGCUGCGCAACGAGCUGGAGUGGAUGCGCCUCUUCCUGAAGGAUGCGGAUUCAAAGCGCAUACACGACGAAAGAAUCAAGCUGUGGGUGAAUCAGAUUAGAAACGCAACCCAUGACGCUGAAGAUGUCAUCGACGAAUUCAUCGUCAACAUGGAUCAUCGCCAGCGAAGACUCAACACCCUCAAGCUCCUCAAGUGCCUACCUACUUGCGUAGGAUUCGCUGACAAGUUACCCUUCAUCCACGAGCUUGACAGUCGUGUGAAAGAUAUAAAUGUGAUGAUUGGGGCGAUUAUGGCUAAUAGAUCCAAGUAUGGUCUUGGAGAUCUAGUGGCUUCCAGCUCAUCCACGACGGAUCAGGUUGCGGCGCACAAGGAGAAGCGGCCCCCAGUAGUUGAAGAGAGCGAUGUAGUGGGGAUCGAAGAUGGCACCGAGGAGGUGAAGCAGAUGCUGAUGAAGGAAGAGACGCGGAGAUCAGUGGUGUCCAUCGUGGGGAUGGGCGGCCUAGGCAAGACAACUCUCGCCAAGAAAGUUUAUAAUCAAAGGGAUGUCCAACAACACUUUGAUUGUAAAGCUUGGGUUUAUGUGUCUCAAGAGUUCAGAGCAAGAGAAAUUUUGCUCGAUAUUGCCAAUCGUUUUAUGUCUCUCAGUGAAAAAGAAAAAGAGAUGAGAGAGAGUGAGCUUGGCGAGAAGCUUUGUGAAUACCUGAAGGAGAAGAAGUACUUGGUAGUCAUGGAUGAUGUAUGGAGCAGUGAAGUUUGGAGUCGCUUGCGCUCACAUCUUCCUGAGGCCAAGGAUGGGAGCAAAGUUUUGAUCACUACUCGUAAUAAAGAAAUCGCUCUGCAUGCCACUUCACAAGCAUUUAUCUAUGAACUUCGUCUCAUGAAUGAUGAUGAGAGUUGGCAGCUUUUUCUCAAAAAAACUUUUCAAGGAACAAGCACACCUCAUACUCUAAUUAGGGAGUUAGAGGAACCGGGAAAGAAAAUUGUGGCAAAAUGCAAAGGUUUGCCUCUUGCGGUUGUGGUCUUAGGAGGCUUACUGUCCACAAAAGAGAAGACAAAACCAUCAUGGGAGAAAGUGCUUGCAAGUAUUGAGUGGUAUCUGGAUCAAGGCCCUGAAUCGUGCAUGGGAAUUCUUGCUUUAAGUUACAAUGACUUGCCCUAUUACUUGAAGUCUUGUUUUCUUUAUUGUGGGAUUUUUCCAGAGGAUUCUGAGAUUAAGGCAAGUAAGUUGAUCCGUUUGUGGCUGGCUGAAGGCUUUAUACAGAGAAGGGGAAAAGAAACACUGGAAGACAUAGCCGAAGACUACAUGCACGAGUUGAUCCAUAGAAGUUUGAUUCAAGUGGCUGAACGAAGGGUAGAUGGAGGAGUGGAGUCUUGUCGCAUGCAUGAUCUCCUUCGAGACCUCGCUGUUUUAGAGGCCAAGGAUGCAAAAUUUUUUGAGCAAUUGAGACAUCUAAUUUGUUGGAAUUGCAAGAUUUCUGGCCAAUCCAAAACAAGCAAGUGUGUGAAUGGUUAUUUGGGUGUGGAGCAACUCACUAACCUUCAAACAUUAGCUUUACAGGGGGGGAGUUGGUUGGAGGGAGAUGGCCUGGGAAAAUUAACCCAACUUAGGAAAUUGGUAUUAGGUGGGUUGUUGACUCCCUAUUUGAAGAAGGGGUUUUUUGAGUCCAUUACUAAAUUAACUGCUCUUCAAACCUUGGCUUUGGGCAUUGAAAAGUAUUCAAAGAAAAGAUUGUUAAAUCAUCUUGUUGGAUUAGAGCGGCAGAAGAAUGUCAUUGAGGAGAAAACAUUAUUCCCAGGACUCGUGCCUUUUUCAUGCCACGCCUAUCUUGAUGUAGUAAAUUUAAUAGGGAAGUUUGAGAAAUUACCGGAGCAAUUUGAAUUUUACCCUCCAAACCUCCUCAAACUCGGAUUGUGGGAUUGUGAGUUAAGAGAUGAUCCAAUGAUGAUUCUAGAGAAGUUGCCAUCAUUGAGAAAGCUUGAAUUAGGUUCUGAUGCAUAUGUUGGAAAAAAAAUGAUAUGUUCUUCUGGAGGGUUCCUUCAACUUGAAAGCUUAAUAUUGAUCGGAUUAAAUAAAUUGGAGGAACUGACAGUAGAGGAAGGAGCAAUGAGUAGUCUAAAAACCUUGGAAAUUUGGUCUUGUGGUAAAAUGAAAAAGCUUCCUCAUGGAUUGUUACAAUUGACAAAUCUUGAGAAACUAUCAUUGCGAGGGUCAUCAUACCACGAAUCAAUUGAAGAGAUUGAAAAGGCCGGGGGAGAAGACUGGGAUAAGCUCCGUAAGAUCAUGUGCUAA